AUGUCAGGUAGCGCCGGUUUCGACAGACAUAUUACCAUCUUCUCAGACACAGGAAGAUUGUACCAAGUUGAAUAUGCUUUCAAGGCCAUCACAGCUGCGAAUAUUACCUCCAUCGGGGUCAGAGGCAAGGACUGCGCUGUAGUCAUCUCGCAGAAGAAAGUCCCAGAUAAGCUUCUUGACCCGGCAUCUGUCACAUAUAUCUUCCAGCUUUCACCAUCUGUCGGAUGCGUUAUGACCGGGUCUAUCGCCGAUGCCCGCGCAUCAGUUACUCGUGCUCGCGGUGAAGCGGCUGAGUUUAGAUACAAGUUUGGUUAUGAAAUGCCAUGCGACGUCCUAGCGAAAAGACUUGCAAACAUCAACCAGGUGUAUACCCAACGUGCCUACAUGCGUCCCCUCGGUGUCUCCAUGACAUUAAUCUCCAUUGAUGACGAGAAUGGCCCGCAACUCUUCAAGACCGACCCUGCUGGAUACUACGUAGGAUACAAAGCUACCGCGUCUGGUCCCAAGCAGCAGGAAGCCCUCAACCAUCUUGAGAAGAAGCUCAAGAACAAGGAAUGUGCUGGUGGCGACUGGAAAGAAGUCGUAGAACUUGGUAUCUCGGCACUGAGCGCGGUAUUGAGUGUAGACUUUAAGAGCGGAGAGGUGGAGGUGGGUGUUGUCGGGGCCGAGGGAGAGCCUGGUUUUAGGAAAUUGACCAUCGACGAGAUCGAUGAAAGGCUACAGAGCAUUGCAGACAAGGAUUAA